CAUUUAAUUGGUGUAAUCAGGAUAUUGAGACUAUCAGCAGUUUCUUAAUUGUUGUGACUUGUACUGGUUCGUUGUAGGGGAUUGACUAAUGUCUGACACCUUUCACUUCACAUCAAGGUAAAUUUUUUUAUUUUAUUUUGGAUUUUAACAUAAACUUAAUCUCAGAAUUCUACAUCAAUCCAGAAAAAAUAUGAAGAUUUCAGGAGAAAACAACUAAUUCUAGUUUUAAUUGUAACACAGAUACAGUUAAUUCAGAUAAAAUGCUGUCUGUAUUGCUGAAAGUUUUAGUUCUGCACAAAAUCUGGUAUUUAAUGUUUUAUUUUUUUGUAUUCUCUCCAGGCAAAAGUAAACGUGUUUGUGUAUUUUUGUUAAAAUUGAAUCAGCUAUACUCAUGUCAUCUUGAUACUUAGGUCUGUAAGUUGCUAUUUCUGGGAGGGCACAGCUGAAACUUGUUAGAUGAUUGAACAAAUGGCUUAAAAGUGGCAACAAGGCAAAAGUGGAAAGAAUAACUUGAGUUUUGACAGUUUUGUAAGGUGAAAUCACUUUUUUCACAUGUUUUUUAUGUCACUGUUCAGCAUCCUAGCUCCUCUGCUAAAUGUUCACUGAAUAAAUACUGCAGUUGGCUUUGACUUUUUAUACACUUGUAUGGCUCCAUUUUGAGCCCUGAUCAAGUUAGUGAAGGGAGUCAGACACUGCUAAAUGGAAGACGGCCAUGGAGUUUAAACAUGUGAUGAGCAAAAUACCAACUUCAUGUGACCCAUUGCUAAGGAGCAGCCCAGAGACGAAGACAGACACCCAUUUGUGUUAUUUUCUUCAGUCAGCACUAAACCAGCGACAAGAAUCCAGCAGUCAGCAACGUGUGCAGAUCUCCUUCCUUCUGGAUGAAGUCAAAGUGGCCAUAAUGCACACUAUUAAGACAGUGGAAACCCAGGUUCCCUUUCUUAAGGAGAGUUUCUUUACUUCCACCUUUAAAGGCAGGAGGAAGAGUAGUGUGACCCACAUCCUCCACAAACAGCAGUCCUUCUUAGAUCAACAGCAGUGCAUUUUAGAACACCAGCAGCAAACUCCUAAGCAGCCUCCUCCCAGUUCGGUUGAAAAUGUAACGGGGCAGCAGACCCCCAAGCAUCAGCGGCUUGCUCGCUCGAUCAGCAACCCGUUAUGCAAGAUGCUCGAGCCUGCACAAGCAGAUGGGGACAGGAAGGAGGGGCAAAAGGAGAGAAGGGGUCAGAGAAUAAAAGAGGCUUUGCAUGGGAGGAGGAGGGGGGAGCCUGUGACUGACAGUGCCAGUCUCCUCCUCCUUUCAUCGUCGUCAUCAGGAGCAGCAGUGCUGGGGCAGCCAGCAUCAUCCUCACAUCUGCUGUCAGCAGUGGUGGGCAGACAGCAGGGAUUUACUGGCUCUGGAAGAACUUGGACCAAAAAAGGACCGGCAUCAGUGGUAGUCCAAGGGGAACCCCAGAAUCCCCAACCUCAGGCCCAGCACCAUGGCUUGCUAGCUAAGGGUGUUCGCUUAAUUAGAAAUAUGGGAAACCAGGAGACAAAGCAGAAGAAAGGAGGAGGAAGUGGUGGAGCUGCAGGGGAUGUCAGCUGUGAUUGUGAAGCUAAUGAAAGAGAGGUGGACAAACAAUCUAAAAAGGCAAAUAAUAAGGUAUGUAAAGGAGGAGAACACAGUGCUAAGAACAAAAUAAAGCCAGAGUCGAAAGGUUCUGUGUUUUCUGGCAUGAAGAUUAGGAAAACUUUAUCCAAAGUGAAAGGUUUGUCUAAGGAUGACGUGUUGGGAGCUGGGAAAUCAGCAGAUGAGCUCAAGCCUGGCACAGAGGCAAGCUUCUUGCCUGAUGAGAUGGGAAUGGUGUUAGAUAUCGAGGGAGAUCUUAGCCAUUUGAUCGCAGACAGUUGCCAGUCUGUGGAGGACUUUGGACGCAAGACGAGCUCGGAGUCGGACAGUGACCUUUACAGUUUUCACUCAGCUGCAGCUGAAACUGAUGAUCUUCUUUCGGAUAUCCAGCAGGCUAUUCAAGAAAAAUGUAUAGCUAGCUCCAGGGUUUUAGAAACAGUGCCUAGACCUACAUCUGAAGGAUUAACUUGUAAGGUGAGUGAAGUCUCAGACACAAAUGUAUCUCCAAAACUAUUCACUCUGGAAAAGGACAAAUUGUCUUCAUCUGAAAGUGUAGCUCAAGAACUUCAUAAAAAACUUGAGAAUAAAAGUACAAACUCAUCAAGUGAAAGUGGAGCCCCAUCCUGUGUUGUUGACAUAGAAAAAAGUAGCAGCAGCAGCAUCCUACCAAAAACUAACAGCGACUACAGCUUCCAGGAUACUACAGCAACUACUUCAUUUGAGAGUGCUGAGGAGCCCCAGGAUGAUCUAGAGAGCCCUGAUGUACCUCCACAGCAAAGUCAAGGUCAUCAUGCUACACAAAAUAGAAACACAUGUGUGCCAUGUAUCCAUUUAGAUCCAGUAUCUCCUGGAAGAAGACCAGCUGGGACUCACAAGAGUGCAAGCAGUCUGGAUCUCUCGCUUGUGAGGGAUGACGAGGAAAAGGUUAGACCAGACUUUCUGCCACUCGAAAGGAGGAAAAGCAGCAUAUCUAUCAGUCACCUGAUGGCUGAUGGCCUCCCUGUAUCUCAGACUAGACGAACAUCCGCCACCUCCCCCUCUACUGUAAAACUCUACCCUCCAGUCCACCCAUCAUAUGUCAAGACCACCACCAGGCAGCUCACCUCUCCAGUUGGAUCCCCCCUUACUAGUCCCAAUGUGCCAAGGAAAAGGGAGGCCACCAAUGCUUCUUUGGAAUCCAGUAGGCCUGAGGGGCUUGAAAAGCCCAAGCAGAGGUCAAGCUCUAUUACUGGACCUUAUAGAGUCUCUGGAGACUGGUCAGCAGAGUUAGACUUGGUAGAAAGUCAGACUGGUGUGGCAAAACCUCCAGAGCAGGAGACCACAGAGAAAUGUCACACAGUAGGGACUUAUUGGACCCUUGGCUCCAAGAGAGCACAAUUUGGAAAGAGAACCUCCACAACACCAUACCUAGAUGUCUUCUCUGGUCAGACUCUAUUGGAAAAGCUUUGCAUGCACUAUGGAGAUGGGGCUGCAGAUGAUGAGGCGAAGGAACUGUGUCACCGAAUGCUGGUCCAUGGUCUGCUGCAACCCUUUAGUGACAGCAACACAGAACACCGCAGUGAUGGGACUGUCUCUGCAGUCUUCAGUGUGGAGCAGUUGUAUACCUGGGCGUCUGUGGGCCUCCCAGUGUCCUCCCACCUGUGGGAUCUCUAUGGGAGAGGUUUGAGAUCCCCUUUGCAUCGCUCAUCAUCUAAACCAUCUAGUGCACUGCACUUUCAGACGGAAUCUAGCAGAUUGAAGUCAGGUCAGUCAUCUUCAGAGGAUGAAAGCUGCCUCAUCCCUCAGCUGGAGAAGAAAAUUGAGGAGUUGCAGAGUAAGAUUGCUGUACUGCAGAAUCAUCGGCCCUCCUUGGUGAAGUGCAGUGAGGAUAAUGUCAGAGUUCUUAGAAAUGACCGCUGCAAAGCUUUUCAGAAAAAAGAAGAAAAACUGGAGGCGUCUGUUCAGACUUCACCUGUAGAUGAAGGGUUUAAAUUUGAUGAAUCUUUGAAUGGAGGAAUUGACCGCAAGUCAUCUUCAGUUAGAUCUUCCAGCCUCAAGUCUACCGAAAGCUUUGUGUGCACCUGCAAAGAAAGGCUGCAAAAUUGCACCAUCCCAGGUCCUCCACCUCCACGUCUUUGUCUUCCCCCUAUAAUCUCAGAAGGCAUGCCCCCUCCACCUCCACCACCUCCCCUUCCUCAGAUCCCUGGUGUUGGACCUUGUCCACCACCUCCUCCUCCUCCGCCUCCACCACCAGGCUUUGGGCCUCCACCCCCACCUCCUCUGCCUGGAAUGGGACCCCCUCCUCCACCUCCUCCACCAGGAAUGGGACCACCACCCCUACCAGGAAUAGGACCCCCUCCUCCACCUCCACCACUAGGAAUGGGACCCCCUCCUCCAGGCUGCAUCCCUCCACCUCCAGGUCCUAUUCUUUCCCUGAUGGUUCAGGAAGCAUCCCCUGCCAAAGCCAUGAUAGAGCCCCCCAAGCCAAUGAAGCCGCUCUACUGGACCCGCAUUCAGUUGCACGCUAAAAAAAACCCUGGAUCACUGGUGUGGGAAAAAAUUGAGGAGCCAACUAUUAACUUUGAAGAAUUUGUGGAUCUGUUCUCCAAAAGUGCUGUUAAGGAGAAGAAGAAACCAAUUUCAGACACAAUCAGCAAAUCAAAGGCCAAACAGGUGGUAAAAUUGUUGAGCAACAAGCGUUCGCAGGCUGUUGGGAUUCUGAUGUCCAGCAUUCACCUGGACAUGAAGGACAUCCAGAAUGCUGUCCUAAAUAUGGACAACACUGUUGUUGAUCUGGAGACUCUGCAAGCACUUUAUGAAAAUAGGGCUCAGAAUGAUGAGAUUGAUUCCAUUAGGAAGCACAUGAAAUCCAGCCAAGACAAGGACGAUGCAAAGCCACUGGACAAACCAGAGCAGUUUCUAUUCCAGCUAUCACAAAUUCCCAAUUUCUUCCAGCGGCUGUUCUGCAUCCUGUUUCAAUCAUCUUUUCAUGAGUGUAUUACCUCAAUUUUGCGUAAAAUUGUAAUCCUGCAAAGAGUAUGCAAGACUCUCCAGAGUAGUGAGGUCGUAUUGCAGAUACUUGGCCUUGUGCUGGCGUUUGGCAACUUCAUGAAUGGAGGUAAUCGGUCUCGAGGUCAGGCUGAUGGCUUCAUCUUGGACAUCCUGCCAAAACUGAAGGAUGUUAAAAGCAGUGAUAACUCCACAAGUCUUUUGUCUUACAUUGUUGCUUACUAUCUGAAGCACUUUGAUGAGGAUGCUGGCAGAGAGACAUGCCUCUACCCUCUGCCUGAGCCCCAGGAUCUUUUUCAAGCCUCCCAAAUGAAGUUUGAGGAUUUUGAAAGAGAUCUACGCAAGCUGAAGAAAGACUUAAGUGCAUGUUUGGCUGAAACAGAGAAAGUUUGCAAACUUUCCUCUGAAGAAAACCUGCAACCCUUCAAAGACAAAAUGGCUGCCUUUCUGACACAAGCCAAGACUGAGCUGGAAAUGCAGGAAAAGCAGCUAGCAGACACCCAGAAGAUCUUUUUGGAGUUGAGUCUAUCCUUCUCGGUAAAACCCAAGGCGGGAGAGAAAGAAGUCUCUCCAAACACAUUCUUCUCCAUUUGGCACGAGUUUUCUUCAGAUUUUAAGGAACAGUGGAAGAAGCAGAAUAAGCUUUUAUUACAGGAACGGGUGAAAAAGGCAGAGGAGAGCUUCAAACAGGCCAGGCAGAAAGCUACAUAUAACGUGACAACCAAAAACGCAACUGGAAUAGUACGCUAUUUUCUUUUUUCCACCUUUCUCCUCUUUCUUUCCAUUUUCUCACUUGACAGACUUCAUUGCUUAUAAAUCUCCAUCUGUAUAUAAAAUUUGAAGGUUAUUUAGUGUAAACAACCUAGACCUAUUUUUGUAUUUCACAGAAAGCAAAGCUGGGUAAGAAGAUCUGAAGCGGAAAAUGGAUAAUCAUCUGAACUUCUUGUUGCACAAGAACAAUCUGACAUAAUUCAGUAGUUUCAAAAUAGAUUGUCCUAACUGCUGGUUGGUAUGUUUCUGAAUCUAGGUCGACUUAAAACAAGAUGUUGGUCUGCAACCAAACUAAAGUCUUUAAAUAGUCAUUUUAGCCAGAAAAUGUCAACAAAACAUGGGCUUUUAGCAUUAUGCCCAAAUUUUAUCUAUUUUUUUUUACCCUAAGUAUAAUUGUUUUUCCACUGUUCUGUGUAAGAAUUCUAUAUGUUUAUAAGGAAAACAUUUUCUUAUUUAGGUUUGGUGAAAAGCACAAAAUCUUCGAUUUUUAUAUGGGAAAAAUGGUGCCUUAUUAAAGGGCUUAGGUAGCAAAUGCAUAAUGCAGAACAUGUCUUUUUUUCCACAUUUUCGUGUAAAUAACAUGCCUGUUAAAGAGAAAAAUCAGUUUUAAAAGUGGUUUGGAUUUAGUUCACACAAGUGUCAGAAAUGGGUGAUGGUUUAAUUGUUUUAUAAAGAGCACCUCUUCUACUACCUUUUUCUUACACAAACUCACAUAUCAACAUGGUGUGAUCUGAUGAGUUGUACUAUUUUCCUGUUAAGCAGUAUUUUUUAUUAAUAUGCUUUAUUUUGAGCAAAAUCCUAUGCAUGUAAUUUACCUAUCCUGCCGUGUCAAAGUGUGAAUUCCUUUACAUUAGACAAGCAAUUGGAUCACGUUAAGAUUUUUUACAUGGGCAAUGCCAAAACUGUUUUAAAUAACAUUGAACAUAAAAUAUAAAACUUAUUCAAUAAAACCAAUUAUAUAAAUUUG